GCAAACUGUAGCUCUCGGAGAACCGUCUCGGGUCAGGGCGUGUUGCUUAUCGGAGGCGCUCUGCUUGUCAUCCGGGUUCGGGGGGGGCUCGAACGGUCGUCUUUUCAACAUUUGGCGGGCUAAUGUCCAAACUACAGUAGAUAUGGAUUUCGACGCUUUAUUCAACGAAAACACGUUUCAGUUUUCGGACUUCCAGGAGUUCACGUUUCUCCCCGGACACCAGAGGUUGACCGAACGAGUGAGAAAGCGACUCUAUUAUGGCCUGGAACAAGACGUGUCUCUCGAUUCCCUCUCUUUUCCUGUUACAGAUAUCGCUGUUGAAAUCUUCCAGAAGUCCGCCCCGAGCCCCAUACGCAAGCUCCAGAAGAAGUAUGCUGCUCAUGUUUCCAGGGAGGCUUGCAUCUCCCCGUGUGCCAUGAUGCUGGCUCUAGUUUACAUAGAAAGGCUCCGACAUAGAAACCCAGAGUACCUACAAAAGAUCUCAUCCUCUGACCUCUUCCUGAUCUCCAUGAUGGUUGCCAGCAAGUACCUGUACGACGAAGGCGAGGAAGAAGAGGUUUUCAACGAUGAGUGGGGAGCGGCUGGGAAACUGGACGUCAAAACCGUCAAUGACCUGGAGAUUAACUUCUUGAACGCCAUUGAGUGGAGCCUCUUCACAGAGCCAAAUGACUUAUUUGAUGUGCUGAGUCAAGUGGAAACCAGCAUUGCACAGCGGCAGGGGAUGAAACGCGGCUGGUUCACCUACACUGACCUUUGUGUGCUACUGGAGCAGUCGGCGUGGAGUCAGGCCCUCACAGCCAUCUGCCAGCACUUCACUAAGGUUUCCUGUAUGCUCGGCCUGGUGUACCUGACCAGUGUGGCCGGCCUUAUUGCAACCAGCGCUGUGCUGCACCAGUUCAGCCUCUCCAAAAGCGGCCGGUCCCUGCUCCCACCUCCGGCUGAGAUUAACCCGGACCUUCAGACCGCCGACCCAAAUAUCGAAGCUCCUUCUGCGGCCCCCAGCCUCCCGUGUUGCAUUCUGGCCAACAAGAGCGUGAGCCGUCCGCCCAGUGCACUUAGAAUUGGCCAGGACCGCGUACAAAGCCCGCCGUCGGCUUCCUCAGAGACUUCACUAUUGUGUCUCUGGGGCUCCCUCCUUGCCUCGAUGGGUCACAUACAUCCUGAAACUGAUUCCGGGAUAGAAACGCCCCGAGCCUGGUCUCCUGUCUCCUUCUUCUGUCCCGGCUGCCUCGCUUCCCUUCCUCCUCUUCAAUGCGGUCUCCGAAACGCCUCCGAGAACCAUCAACGCUGCGCGCCCUGGCUGGCCUCCGACCUCCUCGGCGGGGCGGAGCCGAGCCUGAACUCUCGCCUGGGGGUGUUUCCCCCCGUCCAGCUGGGACCGUCCCACCCAAAAUCCAUCUUACCCGUUGACAAAGCCCAAGCUCUGCUGAUGCCUGGGUAGCGAUUGCCCCCCCCCCAGGCUCCUCCUGCCGUCGACCUGUGCUCGUGGGCUCUGGAAUAGAAAACAGGCGUUUUGUUUUCACGACUCAUCAACUGCGUCACGUCAUGUUUUGUUUACUUUUCCGGAUGCCAAAAAAAAAUGCCAUAGUUGAUGCUCUGCAUCUCGUUCAGAAUGCAAAAAAUAUCACUGGGAAUUUAAAGGUAGUUUGAUACGUUUUUCUUGGCUGCGCCCCAAGUGUUUUUCCACACGACCUUUAACGGUCAAAAGUUCAGACCCAUCUGGUGGUGGUGUGAGUUUUGAGUUAUUAUAUUGCAGCUGUGAGGCUGCUUGCUACUUUUCCAAGUUAAUGAAAGUGUGUGGAGGUUUCAUAGCAAAUUUUAGUUUAGUUUGAAGUAUGUUUUUUUUCUUUAAUGAAGCGGCUCUGAGAAGAAGGGACUAACCCAGUUAACUUUGACUACUUCUUUCAGGGCUUUUUGCUUAGCUUCAGCUAAAAGCAUUUGUUUUUCAUGACUGCAUUACAGGCUUUUUCAUCAGACAAUGGUCAUACACGUGCAGCAAGCACUGAUUUUCCACACCAUAUUUCUGUUACUGUUUGUGAAACAAAGUUUAUUCAGGAAGUAGACAGUUUGAAUGCAGACGCCGUCUUUACACCUCACGGGAAGAAAAAAAGAAACUUUGCCUAUCCAGGUCAUUUAAAGGUAAAUAGCGGUAAAUGUUUGUCUCAUUUUUCUUUAGUGGGUUUACAGGAUGUUGCAUAGUUUUACGGACGAUUCUCUGCAACGUUUAGGGUUCUGGUGGGUGGUGUACGUGGUCCCCCAAGACAUUGACUUUAUAAUCAAAAAAACAUUUUCACAAAAUGGCUCACAGCAUUUGAAUUUGAUACAGAACAAUGUUCUUUGGUUUUGUACAUGGUGUAAAAUGCAAUUGUACAAAUCUGUAAAAAAGGAGAAACGGGAAAUAAUAAAGGAAGCACUUGUUUGUCA